AUGGCGGCGCCCUGCGCGGAGAUGGAGCCGGCGGCGCCUCCGCCUUCCCCCCCUGCUCCUCCUGCGGCCGCGCCGGGCUCGGCCGGGCUCGUGUGCGCGCAGGGCCGCAACCUACGGGCCGUGCUGUGCCAGCGCUGCGGCUCCCGGGUGCUGCUGCCCGGCACCGCCACCUUCGCCCGCCGUGAGCUCCUCCUGCCCGCCAUGAGGAAGAAGGCGGCGGCGGCGGCGGCGGGAGGCGGCGGGGACGUGCUGCGGGAGCACUGGCUGGUGCGCGACAUGUUCUCCUUCGAGAACGUGGGAUUCACCCGCGACGUGGGCAACGUCAAGUUCCUGGUGUGCGCCGACUGCGAGGCGGGGCCCAUCGGCUGGCACUGCCUGGACGACAAGGACAGCUUCUACGUGGCGCUGGAGCGCGUGGCCCACGAGUGACGCUGGGCCCGGGCCCGGGCUGGGAGCUGGGCCCGGCCCCCGAGAGCCCCGGGCCGGGAUCCGUGCGGACUGAGCGCAGCCGGUCAGCCCAGAGCCGGCCUGAGCGCCGCCUGCCUGCCCCGUGGCCACAGCUCGCCCGCUGUGACUGAGCCGCAGCCCGGCUGCUCACCCCGUUUCCCCAUUUCCCACAUACACAGGCUGAGCAGCGUCAGGAACUGCAGCCCUGGCACAGCCAACUUCUCACCUGCACCCCCAUGGGAAGGGUGUUGGUGUUGGGAGGGUUCCUGUACCCUGC